CACAAUACUUAUGUAAAGAUUAAAAAUCCAUGUUAUCAAGAAUCGCAUAUUUAAUUAUAACGGAAAUUUGAUUCGUAAGAAUAAUUUUUCCAUCAAACUCCUUGAGUAAGAUGACUAAAGAACUACUUCUUUCUUUCUGACAGGAUUGAAAAAUAGUAAUUUUAGAGGAAAGAUUUUAAACUGGUUAGUUACUUUAAACAAACUUAUUUUUUUCAACAUUAAGGACACAUUUUACAUAAACUCAUCGUCAUCAUCAUCAUAACUGUUUUUCUAACAAGAUUUGACCUUUAAGACCCUUAUAUGCACCGUUACUUCAAGAGAGGGAAAAAAAAGCGUAAUCUUAAAGAGAAAUCCUGGGAAAACUUUAAUCUGUUGUAAAGAAUUAUUCAACAACGAGUAAACUUUUAAAAUAUUAUUUUAUUGAUCCCAUUUUAUUAAUGUAACAAUUUUGUAUUGACAUUCUCAUUUAUUUUAGCAUACUAUCAACAUUUUUCAGACUAACAAUAUCCACUGACACCUUAAAAAUGGUUAACUUGGUUUAAUUUUACUGAAUUAAAUGGGCAUUCUAUUCUGCUAUAAAAUUAUUACAUUCAAGCAAAUUUUCUGUUUCAGCAGGAUAAGUAUCUACUGAACAUAACAUAUAAAAUUCAAAUUCAGGCCUCAUCUUAGCUACAGAAAUUAUUUUAAUAAAAUUACUCCAUUACACUUAUUAUCAAACACAUAAAAAAUAUGAGCCCUUUUUCAAAUUCACAAGAAGAAUUCUUUACCAGUUUCUCAUCUGGGUAUGCAAAAUUGAUGAAGGCUGUUUUUGUUAUGAAUUGUUCUUCAGGUAAAGCAGUUUAAGUAACAUUAUUUUAUAUAUUCACAUUUUUUCCAUUUCUCUUUUAUAAUAAUCCAUCUAUUUGGGAUAGUAACAUUAGGAUUUUUUCAUUAUUCUAUGGGUUUAACCAGUCAGAUAUCAUAGACCUUCUGUGCUACUGAACUCAUGAUGAAUGUAAAAGUCAGCUAGAAAUUAAUGUUUAACCAGCAAUCAAUUCAGGAAUAAAUUUCCAUUGCUCCAUCUCUGUGUUUCCUAUUGAAAUCAAUGGGAAAUUUUUUGGUCAAUACAUCAGACUGAUAUACUGUGUUUUAUAUAUGCAUUAAAUUCUUCCAUUGGUUUUUUUAACUUCCAGGCAUUCUUCUGUAAUUAUAUGACUAUGCUUUUAAGGUACUUCCAUCUCCAAGACCGUCUCUAAUUUAAGAAUGCAUCAAAUGAUAUCAGCCACAUCAUUUUUCGUUCUUCCUUAGCAUUAUAUUUCUUCCACUGAAAUAUUUCUAAGACAAAUAUUAAAUCGAUUGCUCACUUAUGAAAAGCAAUCCACAUGUGAAGUACCAGGAAAAAUAUAAUGAUGCUGUAAAUUAGGCCUCCCUGCAUGGCGCUGCGUCUUCUCCGGAAAAAGGAGAAAUAAAUAUUCACCACGUCAAAUCCCAGUAGCAGCGAGACUGCACGAGAACCAGCACCUCAUCUUCCCUCAUCCACUGAAAUCAAUAUGGCUAUUCCAGUGCCGUGUACGCGUUUCAGUGAUAACUACGAAUUAAAGGAAGAACUUGGGAAAGGUGCAUUUUCAAUAGUGAGAAGAUGUGUUCAAAAGAUAAGUGGUUUAGAAUUUGCUGCAAAAAUUAUCAACACAAAAAAAUUAUCUGCAAGAGAUUUUCAAAAGUUGGAACGUGAAGCAAGAAUCUGUCGAAAACUGAAUCACCAAAAUAUAGGUCAGUUGGAUUUAAACUUAUUAUCAUUUAAAAAAUUUUUUAUGCGUUCCAAGAUGUUAUUUUCCAUUGAAGAAUGUUACUGGAAUAUAUUAAAAUUGGUUAGACUAUCAGGCAGCUUAGUAAGAGGACUAAUAUCUUUAAUGUACCGUUUGGCCCGGGAUAGGCAUUCCACUAAAUUUGAUGUUUGCAUUCUGUAA